AUGCAGACUCUCUUUUGUUUAUUUUGUGCGUUGUUUUUCAUAUUUGGAGACAUUCAUGGGGACGAGCUUCCUAAAGGAGUUCCGCUAUCGAGAUCUUCGUUCUAUAAAGUUGGACAGUCGUUUACUUGCUUAGAUGGCUCUUCAGCUAUACCAUGGUGGCAAGUGAACGACGAUUACUGUGAUUGCCGCGAUGGAUCAGAUGAACCCGGCACAUCUGCGUGUCUUAAUGGUCGUUUCUUCUGUCGUGAUAUGCAGUACAGACCUGUUUACCUUCCUUCUGCUUACGUCAACGACUCUGUUUGUGAUUGUUGUGAUGGUGGUGAUGAAUACGAAAGUUCUACCAAUUGUCCGUCAACUUGUGGCGCUUUGGCUGCAUCUUUGCGUGAAGCACAAUCCAUUAAACGAAAUCAAAUUGAACAAGGACAUAAAAUUUUCCAAGAAUACGUCACAAACUUAAAAGAACGUAAAGCGAAAGGACUUCUUAAUGAAGAAAAACAGUAUGAUGAAACACUGAAACUUGCGGAAUAUGAUGUCAACAGUGAUAGUAGUAGUAGUAGUAAUAGUAAUGAUAAUAAUGAUAAUGACAAUGAAGGAAAUAUUCAAACAAAUGAAGAAAAUGUUGAUUCUCAUUUAUCUGUUGGUGAGGAGAAACAAGCACUGAAUGAACCGUCAUCAUCGUCAAUUGAUUCGAAUCAACAGUCGUUUACACAUGAUAAUGAAAAUACACCUAUCGAACAUGAAGCAUCUUCAUUAAGCGAUACGGAGUCUCAUGAGAAAAAAGCAAGUGAAUACGAUGGGCAUCAUGUUGGUGGUGAAGACAAUCAUAUGGAUUAUGACGAAUCAAAUGUUGCUGUUACUGAUAAACAACUCGACGACGAAUCACAUCAUGAAAUCCCAGAAACCCCAUCACCUGAUGAAAAACCUGUUAUUAAAGAUAUACCAACGCCUAUUCCUAUCGAUUAUGGACCAGAAGAAGGUUUUCGUAUGCUUACUGAAUUACCAGAUGGUUGUUUAGAGUUGAACGAUCGAGAAUACACAUACAGCCUUUGUCCUUUUAAAUCAGUUCAUCAAAAAUCAAUUGGUUCAUCGAAUUCUGAUCCAGGAACAUGUAUAGGUCGAUGGGGUCGUUGGUUAGAAUCUGAUGAGUAUGAAAAGUCUUAUAAAGUUAUGUAUUACGAAAACGGUCAACAGUGUUGGAAUGGACCAACAAGAACUACCAAGGUAUUUGUCCAUUGUGGUGAUUCAAAUCAUUUGACUUCAGUGAGUGAACCAUCUCGAUGUGAAUAUGUUAUGCAAUUGAUUACACCAGCUGCAUGCAGUGAAGAUCCUGAUGAAUUAUUUAAGAAAUUACAUCCAGAAUUGUAA